UGAGAGGUGACAUGUGGUAGAGGAGAAAUUGAGAGCGGAGAUGAGCGACUUCGGUGAAAAGAGUGUGUAAAUUUUUCAUUAGAGAGGUUGCGUGGUGAAGAUAUCAACGAAGAGAAGAAGAAAAAAUUAAAAAAAGAGAACACUUUUUUUUUUUUUCAAAAAGAAUUGCAAUGUGUUCAAACGAAAUAAUGUUGAAUGAUUCAUUUGCCUUUUGCCACAUGCUGGAUUGCCGUGUAUGUCUAGCUGCAGUAUUCUCAUACAGGGUGUUUAUUAGACAGCAACUCUUCUCAAAAUGGAACGCAGUUUUCAACAUUUAUCGCAUCGUCUUCUCCAUCAAGCGACUCUUGGAUUCUGUAAUACAGUUCAAGUACUGGACAUUUCUUUAACAAUGUGGUCCAAAUUCUCUAUCAAUGUUUCAAACUAAUUCUGUACCUCCAAGUCAUGAACUGCAAACACUUGCAAAUCCUGUUGCGCCAAUGUAAAUCUCUUGCUUUUCUGAAACAAAUCCACGCUCAAGCAGUAACGCUUGCACUUCUCCACGAUCACCAACCUUUUGUGUGCAAAUUGCUUAACUCUUACGCCAAAUUCGGAACCUCACAGGAACCCAACACCCUCUUCAGUCAAAUUCAAAACCCAGAUAUAGUUUCAUGGACAUGUCUCAUUAAUCUUCACGUGGAAACUGGAGAACCCAGUAAAGCUUUGUGGGUAUUUUCUCGUUUAAUUUGUAGUAAUAUAAAACCUGAUAGCUAUUCUGUUGUUGCUGCUUUGUCAGCGUGUAAACGUACGAAAAAUUUAGCAUGUAGUAGGAUAGUUCAUGGGAUAAUCGUCAUGUUUUCAUUAGGGUUGGACCCAAUUAUGGGUAAUGCGCUGAUUGAUUCGUAUAGCAAGAAUAAAGAUAUUGAAUCGGCUGUGAAAGUUUUUAAAUGUAUGGAAUUUAGAGAUAUUGCUUCAUGGAAUAGUAUGCUUAAUGGGUUUGUAAUGGUCAAUGAUUUGGAGUCUUCGCGCUGGGUGUUUGAUGAAAUGCCUGAGAGAAAUUCAGUUUCUUGGAAUGCAAUGAUAACGGGUUAUGUUCGGGGGUGGGAAAUAGUUGAGGCAUUGAAACUUUUUAGGGAUAUGAAAGCAGGAGGGGAGUAUUGUACGGUGAUUACGAUUGUGGCUGUAUUGUCAGGUUGUGUUGACAUCGGAGCUCUUGAUUUUGGUAAAUGCAUUCAUGGUUAUGUCAAUAAAAGUAACCUGGCUUUUGGUGUUACCGUGAAUAAUGCUUUAAUGAAUAUGUAUGCAAAAAGUGGAAGUCUUGAUGUGGCAUUAAAGGUAUUUAGUGAGGUACGGGAGAAGGAUGUAUUUUCAUGGACUACUUUAAUAUCAGGAUAUGCAUUUCAUGGUAAAGGGAAGAAUGCUCUUGAGGCUUUUGGUGACAUGACAGAAUCGAAUAUCAAACCAAAUGAGGUUACAAUUUUGUCAGUUUUAUCUGCUUGUAGUCAUGCAGGGUUUCUUGUUGAGGGUCAGAGAUUGUUCAAUAGGAUGAACCAGUUCUAUAGUUUGAAACCCAAGAUUGAGCAUUAUGGAUGCAUGGUGGAUCUUCUUUGCCGAGCUGGGCUUUUAGAAGAAGCUAAAGAUUUUAUUGAACAGAUGCCAAUUAACCCAGGUGCCAUUAUCUGGAGAUCAUUACUUAGGGCUUGUUUGGUGUAUGGGAACUUGAAUUUAGCUGAAAUGGCUGCAAAAAUGUUAAUUGAAUUAGAACCAGAUGAUGAUGGGAUUUAUAUACUAUUACGGAAUAUUUAUUUUGCUGCAAAUAGGCAGGAAGAUGCAUUAAAGAUGAGGAUGUGGAAGCGAAAUCAAAAAGUAAAGAAAAAAUAUGGGUGUAGUUGGGUUGUGGUGAAUGGUGUUACUCAUGAAUUCACAGCUGAAUAUGUGAUGCACCACGCCAAAACAGAAUCUUUCUUGGUUCUGGAAGGAAUCAAUGAGCAAAUACAGUUGGAUGGCCAAUUUUUCUUUUUGGAACGAAAGUAGACAAUUAUGUUGACGGUGAAUCAUGUUUGGAAGACAUUAGGGGCAUUGAGGACCUAUGAUAAAAUUUGCUCACCAUUAAAAAGGUUUUCAAGCAAGGGAACAAGACUACAGACACAAAUUUAUAGAACAGUUUGUUAAGUUUCUUCUAGGGGUCUGUAGAACUCAUUGCAAAGAUAAACAGUUUCUUUUGACAUGAUUUCUCUCGAGAAACGCAGCAUUCAGUUACCUGGUUUGAAGCAUAUCGCUGGCUUGUCAAUAGAACUUCUAAAACGAGCAGGUUGGUCAAUUCAGGCCAGCUCAGCUUGUCCUCCACAACUCUUCAACCUUUGAAUAGAGAUCGUGUUGUCCAUCGCCGAUCUCUAUAAGUACAAGCUCUUCUAAUUCAUUUUCACAUGAAAGCAGCAGUGAUAACAAUGAAGUCUACAUUAGCAGUACUCAGCUCCUUCCUUAUCUUUGCCUUUGUAACAAGGUCAUUGCCUGUGGCAGCCAGUGCUGCACCUGAUCCAGUGCUAGACAUCGGUGGCCAGAAUCUUCACACAGGCACCAACUAUUACAUCUUGCCAGCUGUUCGUGGGAGAGGCGGUGGUCUUACUCUUGCCAGCACUGGAAAUGAAACCUGUCCUCUCGAUGUCGUUCAGGAGCAACAUGAGGUAAAAAAUGGCCUGCCACUAACAUUUUCACCUGUGAACCUCACAAAAGGCGUUGUCCGCGUAUCCACUGAUAU